AUACUACCUUUCUCAUGGAUACAAAAGCAAGCAUGGAGACACUUGUCGUUCAGUUUCAAAAACCUUCUGGUGGAAUUAACACAUUCAAGGGAGUAUAAAUACAAACCUUUCGAUACUGACUCAAAAUGGACUUCUACUAUCUUCCUUUAUCGGCUCCUUGCCGUGCCGUCACCAUGACCGCCGAAGCGCUCGGCGUUAAAUUAAAUAAAAUAAAGUUAGAUUUGUUUGCAGGAGCUCAUCUGAAACCAGAGUUUCUUAAACUCAACCCACAACAUACAAUACCCACAUUGGUGGAUAAUGGUUUCUCUAUUUGGGAGUCACGUGCCAUAAUCAUCUAUUUGGUCGAAAAAUACGGUAAAAAUGAUUCGUUAUAUCCGAAAUGCCCGAAGAAGCGCGCUCUCAUCAACCAACGUCUGUUCUUUGACGCCGGCACAUUAUACCAGGCGUUCUUUGAUGCCUAUGUAGAAAAAUAUAUGUUUAAAAAGCCUAUAGAUGCCGAAAAGAUCAAGAAAAUUGAUACAGCCUUUGAGUUCUUGAACACGUUCCUGGAAGGACAUACUUAUGCUGCCGGAGAUACUUUGACGCUCGCUGAUCUCUCGUUGUUAGCCACAGUGUCAUCCUAUGAAGUUGCCAAAUACGAUUUCAGUAAAUAUGCCAAUGUGGCCAGAUGGUACGAGAAUUUGAAGAAGACUGCACCCGGUUGGGAAGAAAACUGGGCGGGCUGUAUAGAAUAUGGGAAAUUAUUGAACGCCUUCUGGACGCUUAACUAUAAAGCUUUCAGCAAUUUCAGUGAGACAAUUUUUCCAGUGUUCAUUAAACUCAAUAUGAGAGGGAUACUCAAAAUGGACUUCUACUAUCUUCCUGUAUCGGCUCCUUGCCGUGCCGUCACCAUGACCGCCGAAGCGCUCGGCGUUAAAUUAAAUAAGAUAAAGUUAGAUUUGUUUGCAGGAGCUCAUCUGAAACCAGAGUUUCUUAAACUCAACCCACAACAUACAAUACCCACAUUGGUGGAUAAUGGUUUCUCUAUUUGGGAGUCACGUGCCAUAAUCAUCUAUUUGGUCGAAAAAUACGGUAAAAAUGAUUCGUUAUAUCCGAAAUGUCCGAAGAAGCGCGCUCUCAUCAACCAACGUCUGUUCUUUGACGCCGGCACAUUAUACCAGGCGUUCUUUGAUGCCUAUGUAGAAAAAUAUAUGUUUAAAAAGCCUAUCGAUGCCGAAAAGAUCAAGAAAAUUGAUACAGCCUUUGAGUUCUUGAACACGUUCCUGGAAGGACAUACUUAUGCUGCCGGAGAUACUUUGACGCUCGCUGAUCUCUCGUUGUUAGCCACAGUGUCAUCUUAUGAAGUUGCCAAAUACGAUUUCAGUAAAUAUCCCAAUGUGGCCAGAUGGUACGAGAAUUUGAAGAAGACUGCACCCGGUUGGGAAGAAAACUGGGCGGGCUGUAUAGAAUAUGGGGAAUUAAUGAACUGAUGCUAAUCGAAUACAUAUUUAUAUAAUGAUAUGCGAACGGAGAGCAGUUGAUAUUCGUAUAUAAUAUCAAUAAUGCGAUUUCAAUGCAUUUAUUGAUCAUCAUUAUACUCGUAUCUUUAUGACUUUGUUGUAAUUUAAAUAAGAAACUAUAGUGUUUUGCUAAAA